AUUUCUGGUGACGUCACGCGUAUACGUUCUUCGCAUGAGGUUCCUUGAUUAGCAAAACAUCAACUAAGAACUAUUGAUAUUAUAACUACGCGAAUUAAAGUAAGGUAUUCAUACACUUCUAUUUUCAGAGAGUCUUUUUAGUUUAUAACUGGAUUAUUUACAUUCAGCGAGGUUUUGUUUUGUUUGCUAGCUAGCUAACGUUAACAGAGUCAAGGCCCCCAGAGACCUUUUCGCUAGCUUCUUCUAGCCACCGACAAUGGAAGGAUUUGGAAAGGCGCUGAUGCCUGGAACCCUUGUCCCAGCUAAUCCUGUCACAACAGUUGCUCUUCGACAGCCACCCGAGGAAACAAAGAAAACAAAUCGAAAGGUUCUCGAUGAAGAAAACUACAUAGAGGUAACUUAACGUUGCCGUUGUGGAACAGACUGCUAAGCUAGCUAGUUAGCCAGUGCUCAUUCUAGCCUACCUGCAGCUGUCUAAUAAUACAAUAGGUUUACAGUGUUGCUGCAAAUCUACGUUUUAAGGUCAAUACAGAUAAAGGUGAUUGAACAAACAUAGUGGUGAUGUUAUACAUACAACCUCGUUGUUUAGUAUGUGCUGUGUGUGUUGUGGCUAGGCCAUGUUGAUAGUUGCCAGUGUCUUCCUAACUUGUCUGUUUUGUAUGACUUUCAACAGAGUUUAGAGAAGAUCAUCCAGAGGGACUUUUUCCCAGAUGUAACCAAGUUACAAGCGCAGAAGGACUACCUCGAAGCUGAGGAAAAUGGGGAUCUUGGGAAGAUGCGGGAAAUAUCCAUUAAGUAUGGGUCAUCUUUAGCCAAGUCCACACCACGCUCCACUGCCCCAUGUGAGUAAGAUGAUAAGUAAACUGUCAAGGAAACUCUUUUCCACAUAAUGUACUGGUUGUCUAUGAAUGCAGGAGUGGUGCUAUAAUAAUAUGCCCCCCCCCCCACUGGUUUGUUUAGAUGUUACUCCAGCUUCCUUUGAGACACCAGAGGGUUGUCCUGGGUCUCCCUCUUCUAUACUGGGCAAAAACAAGAAAGGAGCAGAUGGGGGUAAGUUCUUGUUCACCAUUGUGACUAAAAAUGGCACUAUUCUGUCUGAAGUCAUACAUUACAUAAUUUUAAACUGCGAUUUUGCAACGAUUUGGGAUCCACAACUCAUUUCUGGAAUCACAGGUAAAUUCUAAAGUCGUAGGCUCUGACCAAGACGUUGUAGGUCGCAUAAUGUGAGCGGGUGAAAGAUGUGCGAUUUUGGGUCUUGCGCUUUCCCGUUGUGCAUCUUAGGUCCCGAUUUAUUUUUCUGACAUACCAGACAUUUUUGGUCGUAUCUUUUGUAGUGAGGGGGUGCGCUGACCAGCUGUCAAUUGUCUUCACAGACGUUUUCAACCUCUCCCAGACCCAGUCUGUAAUACCUACAUGUUUCAAGCAGACCACAUCUUUAGCCAUGAAAUGCUUUGAAAGGCUGGUCAUGGCUCACAUCAACACCAUCAUCCCAGACACCCUGGACCCACUCCAAUUCUCAUACCGCCCCAACAGACCCACAGAUGAUGCAGUCUCUAUUGCACCCCACACUGCCCUUUCCCACCUGGACAAGAGGAACACCUACAUGAGAAUGCUGUUAAUUGACUACAGCUCAGUGUUCAACACCAUAGUGCCUUUCAAGCUCAUCACUAAGCUAAGGACCCUGGGACUGAAAACCUCCCUCUGCAACUGGAUCCUGGACUUCCUGAUGGGCCUCCCCCAAGUUUGUUGUUUUGAAAGUGUAUUGGGAAGUUCUUUAUAGCUAGCUAACUUUUUAGUUUGGCUCCCGCGACACAGUUGACAUCAGUUGCUGGGAUUGCUAGUCUCUGUCCAGUGAUCCUGCUGACCAAGGACGGGUCUGAGGAGCUAUUUGGCUUUGCAGCUAGCCUAGCUGCUAGCUAGCAGCAUAUCAAGCUAGCAGGGUUUUCUUGAGGGCUUGAACGCAGCCCGCGACGCGGUUAGCCAUUGUGGCUGGGACCGCGGAUUGUCCCGGGUUUGUGGAUGUCUAGAUUCCUGCUGUUUGUUGUUUUCAAUCUUCCCUGUGACCUGCCCUGUCUGGAACUGCGAGGAGUAACAGCGUAACCUGCGUUGCUAGCUACCAUGACAAAGACCAAAGCCGGCAGGAGUACCGUUGUCGAGGACAGUGGUGUCUCUAUCACACGUGAAGGCUCUUUUAAACGAACAAAAAGAGUUCUACAAGCAGUUGUUACAACAACAAGAAAAUAGCUUCAAGUGCUUUGUCCAAAUACUGGUGGAUUCAACUAAUAAAAGAAUGGACAAGACCUGACCAGAGAGGUCCAGGACCUAAAGAACAGUUUGCAGUUCUCCCAUGGUCAGCUCGAUGAGUUGAAACAGGAAAACGGCAAGAUUACAGCAAUCUGUAAGUCAUUGAGAGAGGACAUCAGUUCUGUCUGUGAAUCCAUGAUAACAAUGACGGAUAAAUCAGAGGGACAAUCAAGGCGUAACAACAUGGUUGUGGACGGAAUUGCAGAAUCUCCACAUGAGACCUGGACGGAGUCUGAGGACAAAGUGAGGGAAAUGAUCUCUGAGAAAUUGAAGAUGGACCACAGGAAGAUUGAGGUGGAUCGUGCCCACAGGACUGGAAAAUCCACCACCGGCCCAGGCCAAUAGUGGUCAAGUUCUUGAGGUUCAAGGACAAGGUAGCUGUUCUAGAAAGAGCCAAGAACUUGAGAGGAACGUAUAUCUUUCUCAACGAGGACUAUCCUGAAGCUGUGCGCCAGAAGAGGAAAGAACUUAUCCCAGCCAUGAAAGCUGCCAGAGCGCGUGGGGACAUUGCUUACAUCCGCUUUGACAAGCUCAUUGUCCACCCUCCCUCCCAGAAACCUGGAAAGGAUGAGAGAGCCAAGCCUAUGGGUUCGUAGCUUCAACCCCACAGCACACACACACACACACCAAUUGAUUAAUGGACUGCUGAAUGUAUGUAUUUUUCUCUUGCUUUGUUUGCUCUUUCCAGUAUUAUGUCUAUCUCUGAUAAACUACCCAGGAAAGGGCUGAAAAUAGCCCAUAUUAAUAUAUGUAGCCUUAGAAAUAAAUCAAAAACUUGCUAACAUCAGAUAACAUUCAUAUAUUAGCCAUUUCUGAGACUCACUUAGAUAAUUCAUUUGAUGAUACAGCAGUAGCAAUACAAGAAUAUAACAUCUAUAGAAGAGACAGAAAUGCUUAUGGGGGAGGUGUUGCUGUAUAUAUUCAGAGCCAUAUCCCUGUAAUGCUUAGAGAAGAUCUUAUGUCAAGUGUUAUUGAAGUGUUGUGGUUGCAGGUUCCCUUGCCACAUCUAAAGCCUUUUCUUUUGAGGUGUUGCUAUAAGCCAAGUGCGAACAGUCAGUAUUUAAAUAAUAUAUGUGGAAUGCUUGAUAGUGUAUGUGAUGUAAACAAAGAGGUCUACUUUCUUGGGGACCUGAAUAUUGACUGGUUUUCAUCAAGCUGUCCGCUCAAGAGGAAGCUUCUUACUGUAACCAGUGCCUGUAAUCUGGUUCAGGUUAUUAAUCAACCUACCAGGGUGUUUACAAACACUACAGGAACAAGAUCAUCCACAUGUAUCAAUCACAUUUGUACUAAUACUGUAGAACUUUGUUCUAAAGCUGUAUCUGUACCCACUGGAUGCAGUGAUCACAAUAUAGUGGCUAUAUCCAGGAAAGCCAAAGUUCAAACAACUGUGCCUAAAAUAGUGUAUAAGAAAUCAUACCAAAGAUUUUGCUGUGACUCAUAUGUGGAUGAUGUGAUUAAAAAGGAGCAUCCAGAUGCUGCACUUGAUGAAUUUAUGAAAUUGCUUCUUCCAAGUAUUGAUAAACAUGCACCUGUUAGGAAACUGACUGUUAGAACUGUAAAGGCUCCAUGGAUUGAUGAGGAAUUGAAAAACUGUAUGGUUGAAAGAGAUGGGGCAAAAGGAGUGGCUAAUAAAUCUGGCUGCACAUCUGACUGGUUGACUUACUACAAAUUGAGAAAUUAUGUGUCUAAACUCAACAAAAAGAAGAAGAAACUAUAUUAUGAAGCCAAGAUCAAUGAUAUAAAGAAUGAUGGAAAAAAACUUUGGAGUACUUUAAAUGAAAUGAUUGGUAGAAAGACAAAUUCAACUCCAUCUUUCAUCAAAUCAGAUGGGUUAUUCAUCACAAAACCAUUUGAUGUUGCCAAUUAUUUUAAUGAUUACUUCAUUGGCAAAGUGGGCAAACUUAGGCAGGAAAGGCCAACAAUGAGCCAUCGUAUUCAUGCAUAAAAAAACAAAUGAUGAAAGAAAAGCAUUGCAAGUUUGAAUUUUGUAACGUUAGUGUGGGAGAGGUGGAAAAAUUAUUGUUAUCGAUCAAUAAUGACAAACCUCCUGGCAUUGACAACUUAGAUGGAAAGCUACCGAGGAUGGUAGCUGACUCUAUAGCCACUCAUAUCUGUCAUAUCUUUAAUCUGAGCCUAGAGGAAAGUCUUUGUCCUCAGGCCUGGAGGGAAGCCAAAGUAAUUCCACUACCCAAGAAUGGUAAAGUGGCCUUUACUGGUUCUAACAGUAGACCUAUAAGCUUGCUGCCAGCUCUUAGCAAACUGUUGCAAAAAUUGUGUUUGACAAAAUAAAAUGCUAUUUCUCUGUAAACAAAUGAACAACAUACUUUCAACAUGCUUAUAGGGAAGGGCACUCAACAUGUACUGCACUGACACAAAUUACUGAUGAUUGGUUGAAAGAAAUUGAUAAUAAGAAAAUGGUGGGAGCUGUACUGUUAGAGUUCAGUGCAGCCUUUGAUAUUAUUGACCAUAACCUGUUGUUGAAAAAAACGUAUGUGUUAUGGCUUUUCAAACUCUGCCAUAUCGUGGAUUCAGAGCUAUCUAUCUAAUAGAACUCGAGUUUUUUUUAUGGAAGCUUCUCUAAUGUCAAACAUGUAAAGUGUGGUGUACCACAGGGCAGCUCUUUAGGCCCUCUACUCUUUUCUAUUUUUACCAAUGACCUGCCACUGGCAUUAAACAAAGCAUGUGUGUCCAUGUAUGCUGAUGAUUCAACCAUAUACGCAUCAGCAACCACAGCUAAUGAAGUCACCGAAACCCUUAACAAAGAGUUGCAGUCUGUUUUGGAAUGGGUGGCCAGUAAUAAACUGGUCCUGAACAUCUCUAAAACUAAGAGCAUUGUAUUUGGUACAAAUCAUUCCCUAAGUUCUAGACCUCAACUGAAUCUGGUAAUGAAUGGUGUGGCUGUUGAACAAGUUGAGGAGACUAAAUUACUUGACGUUACCUUAGAUUGUAAACUAUCAUGGUCAAAACAUAUAGAUUCAAUGGUUGUAAAGAUGGGGAGAGGUCCGUCUGUAAUAAAGAGAUGCUCUGCUUUUUUGACACCACACUCCAAAAAGCAAGUUCUGCAGGCUCUAGUUUAGUCUAAUCUUGAUUAAUGUCCAGUCGUGUGGUCCAGUGCGGAAAUAAAAUACCUAGUUAAGCUGCAGCUGGCCCAAAACACAGCGGCACGUCUUGCUCUUCAUUGUAAUCAUAGGGCUGAUAUAAAUACUAUGCAUGCCAGUCUCUCUUGGCUAAGAUUUGAGGAGAGACUGACUGCAUCACUUCUUCUUUUUAUAAGAAACAUGAAUGUGUUGAAAAUCCCAAAUUGUUUGCAUAGUCCAGUAUUAUAUAGAGCCAUCUCAUAUUGCUCAAAUAAACAGCAAACCUGGUUUCAAAAAACAAAUAAAGCAACACCUCACGGCACAACACCUCUCUCCUAUUUGACCUAGAUAGUUUGUGUGUAAGUAUUGAUAUGUAGGCUACGUGUGCCUUUAGUUCUGUCCUUGAGCUGUUCUUGUCUAUUAAUGUUCUGGUUUAUGUCAUGUUUCAUGUUUUGUGUGGACCCCAGGAAGAGUAGCUGCUGCUUUUGCAACAGCUAAUAGGGAUCCUAAUAAAAUACCAAAAAUACCAAAUACCUCAGGGGUGCAUGCUUAGACCCCUUCUGUACUCCCUGUUCACCCAUUGACUGCGUGGACACACGACUCCAACACCAUCAUUAAGUUUGCUGACGACACAACGGUGGUAGGCCUGAUCACCGACGACGAUGAGACAGACUAUAGGAGGUCAGAGACCUGGUAGUGUGGUGCCAGGAGAAAAACCUCUCCCUCAAUGUCAGCAAGACAAAGGAGCUGAGUGUGGACUACAAAAUGGAGGGCAGAGCACGCCCCAUUCACAUCGACAGGGCUGUAGUGGCGCGGGUCGAGAGCUUCAAGUACCUCUGAGUCCACAUCACUAAGGAUCAUGGUCCAACCACACCAGUCGUGAAGAGAGCAAGACAACACCUCUUCUCCCUCAGGAGGCUGAAAAGAUUUGGCAUGGGCCCUCAGAUCCUCAAAAAGUUAUACAGCUACACCAUUAAGAGCAUCUUGACUGGCUGCAUCACCGCUUGGUAUGGCAACUGCAAGGCGCUACAGAGGGUAGUGCGUACAGCCCAGUACAUCACUGGCGCCGAACUACCUGCCAUCCAGGACCUCUAUACCAGGUGGUGUCAGAGGAAGCCUUAAAAACUGUCAGACUCCUGACACCCAAGUCAUAGACUGUUCUCUCUGCUACCGCACGGCAAGUGGUACCGAUGCACCAAAGCUGGAACCAACAGGACCCUGAACAGCUUCUACUCCCAAGCCAUCCCAUAAGACUGCUAAAUAGUUAGUCCGGGUAGCUAUUUGGUUAACUAUUUAACUAUCUACAUUAACCCUUUUUGUACAAACUUUUUUGACUCCUCACAUACGCUGCUGCUACUGUUUAUUAUCUGUCACUUUAUUCCUAGUUAUAUGUACAUAUCUACCUCAAUUACCUCAUACCCCUGCACAUCGAAUCGGUACUAGUACCCUGUGUAUAUAGCAAAGUAAUCAUUACUCACUGUGUAUUUAUUAUUACGGUACUUUUACUAUGACGUGUUUUACUUUUCUAUUAUUUCUCUGUUUUCUUUCUCUGCAUUUUUGGGAAGCGCCCUUAAGUAAGCAUUUCACUGUUAGUCUACACCUGUUGUUUACAAAGCAUGUGACAAAUAAAAUAUGAUUUGAUUUGUGCUACGAUACGACUUGUGCAACUUGUAAUCUGUUGCUCGGCUACAGCCACAGAGUAGGAGGGCAACGAUGACGCAUCAGGAAAUCACAGGAUUUGGUGGAAUCUAGGCAGGUUGCAAUGUGAGCAAACUCGUGUAAUGUGAGCACACCAGUUGCAGACUUUAGGAUUACAAGAUGAUGUAGACAAUUUGCAUAAUGUGACUGCUCCCCAGAUGUAAAGAUUUUUGUUGUCCUAUAAUGUAUGCUUAGCUUAAGGACACCCAACUUUACAAUGGCUCUCAAUACUAUUUAGAAAAUAGAACUUCCAGCCGUUAUAAUCUAGUGGUAAUUGGUCGUUGAUUUCUUAUAGUACUAUGUAAAUAACUCAAUUACAGCAGUAAGAUGUAUUCCCUGUGUUAAUAUUGUGUGUUUGUAGUGAAUAAGGAAGGAGACGAGGAAGAGAAAGAGCUGCCCUGUCUUGAUCGUUUCCUGGCUAAGAACACAAGCGAGGAUAAUGCAUCCUUUGAGCAGAUCAUGGUUCUAGCAGAAGACAAGGAGAAGUUGAGGCAUGCGUGGCUGUAUGAGGCAGAGGCUGAAUUUAAACAGGUACACUUGCCAUAAACUCUCAUUUGAUCACAUGUGAAUUGCACCCUACUCAAAUGUUGUAGUAUGUAAUGCUCCUGGAGUGUUAUUUCAUGAGUUGAAAGCAAUGAUAUAUGUUAUAUAUGAAAGCAACAUAUGUUAUAACAGCAUGUUUCUUGUUUUAGCGGCAUGAAGAAAACCUUGCACUUCCGUCAUCAGAGAAGCAGGCCCUUGAGUGUGUAAAGGCAGGACUGGAGACCUGGGAGUACAAAGCAAAGAAUGCCCUUAUGUACUAUCCGGAGGGUGAGGAUUGAUGUUUUUAUAAUGGAUGAGACAAACAGUUAUUUUCCUGCAUGAGAAAUGUUCCUUUUAUCUUGCUUGAUUAUAAUGUGCUUUGUAUGGGGUGCAUAAAGCCACGGAGUCGCACAUACGAACACCAUAUUAUGUAUACUAUAGGCCAGGGUUCCUCAACUGGCGGCCCACGGGCCAAAUAUGGGUGGUUUUAUUUGGUCCCCCAAGUUUUCUGAGCAAAAAAAACAAUUGUUUUUUUAAAAGUGUUUUGUUGUUGGACAUAAUAGACUAAAAACAACAGAAUCAGCUACAAGUGAUUUUAAUUUAAGAAAUCUGUUCCCAAGUAUUCCCUCAGAUAAUAGAGAGAUGUGAUCGUAUACAAAUGUAAGCAAGGUUUGAAAUUAUUAUGUUUUAGUCGAGCAUUAUAUCUGUUUGGGCUUCUUGUGGUCAAUUUACCGUCUACAAAUUAAUUGUAAUUAUGUUCCGGCCCCCCGACCAUCCGCUCAAGAAAAAAAUAGGCUUGCGGCUGAAUCUAGUUGAUGAUCCCUGCUAUAGGCUAAGCUGGUACUUACUUACAGUGCCUUCAGAAAGUAUUCAUACCCCUUGACUUAUUCAAAAAAAUGUGGUGUUACAGCCUUAAUUCAAAAUGGACUAAAUAUAUAUUUUUUCUACACACAAUACCCCGUAAUGACAAAGUGAAAACAUGUUUUUAGACAUUUUUGCAAAUGUAUUUAAAAGGAAAUACAAAAAUAUCUCAUUUACAUAAGUAUUCACACCCCUGAGUCAAUACAUGUUAGAAUCCCCUUUGGCUGCGAUUGCAGCUAUGGGUCUUUCUGGGUAAGUCUCUAAGUGCUUUGCACACCUGGGGCCUCAUUUAUCAAUAUUGCGUAGAAACGAUUCUAAAAUACUCCUUAGGAAUGGAAUUUUAAUUGUUUGUACGUAUGGAAGAAGUGUGAUUUAUCAAACAAUCCUACGAGCGUCAUACGCACACCGAUAGGAGAUAACCAUUGUUAAAUACCAAUUAUUCUCGGCCUCAGUGCUUGUGCACGACCUUGGCUAUUUGCAUUUCGAAACGCCCCUAAUUAACCAUAUAUGGUAAAAAUCAUCCCUUUAAAGAACAUGGGGAAUAUACAAUGCCGUACCAUGAAAUACAACAGCGCAACCAAAAAAAACUAGAAGAAAAAAACUUUUCAGAGACUGAAAUAGAGGUGCUAGUGUCAGAGAUUGAGUACAACCAAAGGGUUUUAUUUGGCUCACUCAGUUGUUUCUUGACCAGCACAAAUAAAACAUAGCUUCAAAGAGAGGACCAUCAGGACAAUUCAAGUUGCUUUAGCAAUAGAGUACCACAGUAGGAGUCAUAAUACCCAUAAAACCUAGCGGUCAAACAGGGAAAUGGUUCCAAUUGUUUUUCCACCAUUCAUUUUUCCCAUAGGAGAUUUUAGAAACACUUAAAAUAAGGGCUGUGUUUUGUGUAGGCUUACCCUGGCGUGACGUUUUGAUAACUGUGUAAAUCUCUCUAGGACAAGGUGACUUUUAUCAAUAUAUUAGCCUGUAUUUACCCCCAAAAAAUGAAACGCUAAUUAGCUGCUAAUGUGGCUAUCAUAAAGAACUACAAAUGCCAUGAUGAUCUGGGCGAGACUGCUGAAUCAAGGCAAAGGUAAGAAUCUCUGGAUUAACUAUCUAAUGUUAGUUAAAAGUAGUAAUGAAUAAAUUGGCUACAUUUCUUUAAAUGGACAAUUCUGUUAACUGUCUUGUGCACGUUUUAAAAUUGACAGAAUACCUGUUAGCAAAGGUGUCAGCUAGAGAUUACGUGCAGGAGCUUGCAGGGAUUUGUAGUUUUGCAUGAUGUUUACAUUUUUACAUUUUUAGUCAUUUAGCAGACGCUCUUAUCCAGAGCGACUUACAGGAGCAAUUAGGGUUAAGUGCCUUGCUCAAGGGCACAUCGACAGAUUUUUCACCUAGUCGGCUCGGGGAUUAGAACCAGCGACCUUUCGGUUACUGGCACAACGCUCUUACCCACUAAGCUACCUGCCGCUUACUUUGGUGCUAAUUCGCAUUUUCGAAUCUGAGAGUAAAUGGAGUCGAAUAUAUUGAUAAAACGAUUUAAAACAUUUCCCUGUUUGACCGCUAGGUUUUAUGGGUAUUAUGACACCUCCACUGUGGGGCUCUAUGGCAAAUAUACUUCAAAUGAAUAGGCAACAUUCACCAAUAAGCCAUCCAUCCUCAACUGCUCCCUCAUGUAGGCGUAUAGGCCAAAAUUGCUGUUUUGCUGAAUGAACGAGUCGUGCGUUCCAACUGGCCACCUUGCCACCACAUUCAGCAGCAUUUCUUAUGUUUGCUUUUCUAAAGUAGAUCUUAAAUCCUCGCAAAGAUCCUAUAAAAUUGGUUUUGGGAAACGAUAUCUGAUGAGCCAAUCUGUACUUUCUGCAAAAAAACAUACCACUUGUCUCUAAAAACUUGCUCUGCUAAAUGCAACCUGUGCCAAAUCUUCCAACAGAGCAAGAUCAGCCAUCUCUCAUUCGAUUUCCCAUUAUCUCAGUCUUCUAUAGUAUUUCAACAAUGGUUUCACUUUCACACGUCCCUCUAAUUUAACAAAUUACUGCACUUGAAUUAGUAUUCGGCGCAUGUGACAAAUACAAUUUGAUUUGACUUUAUAUGGAUUAUUAUCGUAACAAAUGCAUGAGUUUACAAUGGUAAUACAAUUACAUCGAAAAACAUUUUAAAUUAUUGCUUUCACAAUUUCAAACAUUUUCAACUUAUGUUUUCCCAAUUCUAUGCUUGACAAUCAGUUCCCUUGUUCCACGACUUGGCACUGUGCAUACGCAUGGUCAUGGCUGUCCGUAAAUGUAUGCACACACUCAAAAAAACAUUCAUAUUGAUAAAUCUCACACUUUGCGUGGAAAUGAUCACACGCAUGGUUUGCGCACAGAUUUGUUCCUACACAUGAUUGAUAAAUGAGGCCCCAGAAUUGUACAAUAUUUGCACAUUAUUUUUUAAAUUCUUCAAGCUUUGUGAAGUUGGUUGUUGAUCAUUGCUAGACAUUUCAAGUCUUGCCACAGAUUUUCAAGCUGAUUUAAGUCAAAACUCUAACUAGUCCACUCAGGAACAUUCAAUGUCAUCUUGGUAAGCAACUCCAGUGUAUGUUGUGCCUUCUGUUUUAUAUUAUUGUCCUGCUGAAAGGUGAAUUUAUCUCCCAGUGUCUUUUUGGAAAGCAGACAGAACCAGGUUUUCCUCUAGGAUUUUGCCUGUGCUUAGCUGUAUUCCUUUUUAUUUUUAUCCUAAAAAACUCCCUAGUCCUUGCUGAUGAUAAGCAUAUCCAUAACAUGAUGCAGCCACCACCAUGCUUGAAAAUAUGAAGUGGUACUCAGUGAUGUGUUGUGUUGGAUUUGCCCUAAACAGAACGCUUUGUAUUCAGGACAUAAAGUUAAUUUCUUUGCCACAUUUUUUUUGCAGUUUUACUUUAGUGCCUUACUGCAAACAGGAUGCAUGUUUUGGAAUAUUUUUAUUCUGUACAGGCUUCCUUCUUUUAACUUUGUCAAUUAAGUUAGUAUUGUGGAGUAACUACAAUUUUGUUGAUCCAUCCUCAGUUUUCUCCUAUCACAGUCCAUUAAACUCUGUAAUUGUUUUAAAGGCUCUGGCAACUACGUUAGGAAGGACGCCUGUAUUUUUGUAGUGACUGGGUGUAUUGAUACACCAUCCAAAGUGUAAUUAAUAACUUCACCUUGCUCAAAGGGAUAUUCAAUGUCUGUUUUUUUAUUUUGACACAUCUACCAAUAGGUAGAGGCAAUGGAAAACCUUCCUGGUCUUUGUGGUUGAAUCUGUGUUUGAAAUUCACUGCUCGACUGAGGGACCUUACAGAUAAUUGUAAUUGUGUGGGGUACAGAGAUGAGGUAGUCAUUCAAAAAUUAUGUUAAACACUAUUAAUGUAAAUUUUUACUCCUGAACUUAUUUAGUUUUGCCAUAACAAAGAGGUUGAAUACUUGUUGACUCAAGACAUUUCAUCUUUUCAUUUUAAAUUAAUUUGUAGAAAUAUCUAAAAACAUAAUUCCACUUUGACAUUAUGGGGUAUUGUGUGUAGGCCGGUGACAAAAAAAAUAAUCUAUAUUUAAUCAAUUUUGAAUUUGGGCUGCACAACAAAAUGUGGAAAAAGUCAAGGGGUGUGAAUACUUUCUGAAGGCACUGUACAUGAUGAAUUGUGUUUGAUGUUGUAUGAGUUGAGAUGAAUACCUUCAUGGUCUUUUUUAAUAAGGUGUCCAGGAUGACACACUCUUCAAGAAGCCCAGGGAGGUGAUUCACAAGAACACUCGCUUUGUGGGAGACCCCUUCAGCAAAGCCCUUAACAAAUGCCAGCUUCAACAGGCUGCAGCCCUCAAUGCACAGGUAAAGUGCUUGCCUGACAAGUUAUUGGUUUUAAGUAAAUGGUUGUAUCCUAUUUUUAGUCAAGGGAUUUUAAAGUAGAGAAAGGUCAGGGUAUCUAAAGAUCAAGUGAAAUGGAUUGAUCCUGAAUGAUUUAUCUGACUGAGUGUUUAUCUCCAGUUUAAACAGGGUAAAGUAGGCCCAGAUGGCAAAGAACUUAAUGCCCAGGAUUCCCCUAACGUGAACGGAUAUGGGUUUGAAGGAACUCCCUGCCCUUCCCCAGGUAAGUAGUUAUGUUAUGUUCAAGUAUAGAUCACUUUCAAUAUUCUCAACAACAAAAUAACUAUCAGAAAUACUUAGUUAUUGGGUAAGAAUAUUUGUUUUUCCAACAUUUGGUGCUGUUAGAGAGGCUUCCAUAAAACUUUUCCAACUGCAUAAAAACUAAACUCCCCUAACCUGAUAUGGUCCUACCAGGUAUGGCUGAGUCCCCCUUGAUGACCUGGGGUGAGAUAGAGAGCACCCCCUUUCGCCUGGAUGGGUCUGACUCACCGUUUCAAGAGAGGAACAUCGGCCCAUCAUUUAAGGUACUGGCAGUUGUUCAUUUUUUCUUGUUUUGUUUUGCUGUCCCCCCCCCCCCCCCCCCCCCAAAAAAAGUGUUUGUUCAGAGCAGUUUAUUAACCUGAGAUAAUCUGACACACAGAUUCCAGAACCAGGAAGAAGAGAGAGGUUGGGUUUGAAAAUGGCCAAUGAGGCUGCUGCCAAAAACCGGGCAAAGAAGCAAGAAGCAUUGCGAAAGGUCACAGAAAACCUUGCAAGGUAAAAACGGAUUGAGGCCUAAAUUGCUUUGAUCUUUGUAUUUGCAAAAUAUCAUGUUUUUUCAUAGCUCAAUUCUAUGACCUCUUGUAAUACAAAAUUCUUUGUCAUUUUAAAAUGCUUUUAUUAAUUAUUUUGAACCUAAUUUCUGUCUUUCAGUCUCACCCCAAAAGGACUGAGCCCAGCAUUGACCCCUGCCCUUCAGAGGCUUGUAAACCGGACCUCCAGCAAAUACACAGACAAAGCUCUAAGGGCAAGCUACACACCAUCACCCACACACAGAGGAGCAGGCUCCAAGACCCCCCUGGGUGGUCCAGCCACUCCCUCAGGCACUCCGACACCAAGCAAAGCCAGGACCCCUGCCUCCCAGGACCCAGCGUCCAUCACAGACGACCUACUGCAGCUUCCCAAGAGGAGGAAAGCCUCUGACUUCUUCUGAGUGGAGUAAAGCAAAACUGAGAAAGAACAGUUGUUAUCUUGAGGAAGUGAACUCCUACAUCAUGUUGAAAGCAAGUUGUCAUCAUGCAAAUUACUGGCCAUGUGGGCUCUCUACCCCACCUCAUGCCCUCCACCUGGAUUUGAUGGACUUGCCUUUUAUGGCUGGAACAGUCUGUGCACAGUGAAGGGCAGAGUCAAAAUACCAACUCUGAAUUCAAUGAUAGUUGGAAAACUCAGGUCAUUACUGUUAGGGUGUUGGACAGAAAUUCAUAGUAUGUACUGUGUUAGAAACCUGGACUGGAUAAUUUACAAUCUGUGGGUUCCAAAGAGAUUAUAUAAUUGUACAUAGCCUAGACUGAUAUGAUUUUAAUCUUGGUGAAUGUUAUGAUGAGUCUUUGUUGAUUUUUGUAAAUAUGUUAAAAUGUAAGCCUCUAUUUUGUAUGCCUCUUUCUGCAAUAUAAUAUUUCAGUCCUCAACCAAAAAAAAAUGCCUUGGAGUGAUUUGUUUGUAAACCCCAAAUGUUGACACUCACCUUUUAUCAUAGCAGACUCAACAGAAAAUGUUUUUUUUUAUUUCUUACUAU